CGAUGCGCAAGAUAUAGGCCCCGCGUCUCGCUGCUCCGCUGCAGGCUCCCUCACCGCCCAUCAUGUCGUCGGCUCGCUAUGCUCCCUCGCAAGCCAUGCCCAUGGCCCAACAGGCGGCCUACCGCGCCCCAGGGCCUAUUGCCGUCUCCAAUGCCCCGCCAGGCACCUUUGCGCCGGGCACCAAAGUCCAGGUGGGCAACCACCGCGUCACAAUCGAAAAGUACCUGUCCGAGGGCGGCUUCGCGCACGUCUACCUGGUCCGCGUCCCCAAGUCCGACUCCAACACGCCCGAGACGGCGGUGCUCAAGCGGGUCGCCUGUGCCGACAAGGACGCUCUGGCAAACAUGCGCACCGAGGUGGAGACGAUGAAGAAGCUCAAGGGCCACAGCAAGAUUGUCACCUACAUGGACUCGCACGCCUCCCAGCUCAAGUCGGGCGGCUACGAGGUCUUCCUGCUCAUGGAGUUUUGCUCGGGCGGCGGCCUCAUUGACUUUAUGAACACCAGGCUGCAGCACCGCCUGACGGAGCCCGAGAUUCUGCACAUCUUCUCCGACGUCGUCGAGGGCGUUGCGACCAUGCACUACCUCAAGCCCCCGCUCCUGCACCGCGACCUCAAGGUCGAAAACGUCCUCAUCACCACCGCCAACGGCAACAAGAUAUACAAGCUCUGCGACUUUGGCUCCACCGCCCCGCCCCGCCCCGCCGCUACCACGGCUGCCGAGGGAAGGCUGAUCGAGGAAGACGUCCAGCGCCAUACUACGCUCCAGUACCGCAGCCCGGAGAUGAUUGACGUAUACCGCAAGCAGCCCAUAGACGAAAAGAGCGACAUCUGGGCCCUGGGCGUGCUGCUGUACAAGCUGUGCUACUACACAACCCCCUUUGAAGAAGUGGGGCAGAUGGCCAUCUUGAAUGCCUCGUUCAAGUACCCUGCAUAUCCUCAGUUUUCCGACAGGAUCAAAGCGCUCAUAGGCUCAAUGCUGCGCGAGAACCCCCAGCACCGACCAAACAUCUACCAGGUGGUUGCCGAAGUCUGCUCGAUGCGCCACCGACCCAUCCCCAUCAAAAAUAUCUACUCUGGCAGGACACCAUCGGAAACUCGACAAAACCAGCAGCUACCUCCCUCUGAGCCUCAGGUCUCUUCACCACCACCACCUGUGGUGGGGCUACAAAGAGUGGCCCCCACUGUGCAGGUCCAGCAACUGCCCGACAUUACCCCAAUGAGGAGGGGAAGACCGACCGGGCCGUCUCAGCCGCCUUCGGCGGCAGCGAGGCCUAGUCCGUCGCCUAUGCGAGGAACCAGCUCCGAUCCCUUUGCGGCACUCGACUCUCAAGAUGUCCAAGUGAGACGUGCCGCUGCUGAUGAGCUUGCCUCUCGCUUUCCAUCCCUGGACGAGUUUUCUCUAUUGCACGACAGAGGUCAGAAGUUUGAGUUUGGCGAAGCACCUACAACCUCCGACCCAACCCUCAGCAAGCGCGUCACAGAAGCACUGGCAGAUGAAGCUUUUGCAUCUGCUCCACUGACAAAGGUUGACUCGGCACCUGGGGUGAAGCCGUCGUCUGUAGCAUCGUCGGGCCUUUCAAGGAGUACGUCGAUAAGAAAAACCGCGCCCCACGAGGCCAAUGAUAAGCCACAGUCGUCCAACCCGGCCAUACAGCAACCGGUUCCCCAGAGGGUUAACAUGGUGUCUACUGGUGUGCAAACAUCACCACGAGCAUCUCCUGUCCCAGCACAACAAAAAUACCCAGAAGUCAGCAGCCGCCCAAUCUGGAAAGUUCCCCUGGGCACGCACCACAAUCGAGCCUUGAGCCAACCCCGUUCGUUUGAGAAAGCACCGGGAAGCCCUCUUUCAAGCUCACCAUUGAAGCCUGAACAUGCUUUGCCUACGCGACCCUCGCUGGAGUUCAGAUCAAAAUCCCAACUCAGCAUCCCUAGAUCACCCGCUUCUGCAAGACCCUCAUUGGAGAGCCAACGUCCAUCGACCAUGGAAAUCGGCUCUGCGAUAGACCGGUCCAGAUCCGCAAACUCAAACUCGCGCCCAGUCAGCAUGCACGUUGAGUCGAGCCUCGACUAUCUGCGCGACCGAGAGAUGACGCCUGGUCGCAGCUUUGAUGCGCCAUCAUUGACACGCCGGACCACGUCAACUGCGGUCGAUGAUCAUGAGCCGGAAGAGAGAAACGUUCGAUCAAGCGUAGACUUUCUCCGAAGCAUUGAGCAGGAUGAUCAUGGUCACAGGCAUCGCCGCAGUAGCUCACACUCCAAGCACAGUAAACGCGGGAGCUUGACCAACAUCGUCAAGGGUAAAUUUGGCGACGCCUUCCGACGAUUCGAGACGACCGGAAAGACACCUGAACAUGAGCGUGACCCACCGCCCCUGACACCAGUAGACCAGCACAUGGACUCCAAAGGCGGAUUGACGCCUAUCGCUGGCUCGGAGGCCACAGGCGGACUCGGUGAUGACGACCGCAGCGCCAUUGACGAAACGCAAGAUUUAUCGCCAGAAGUGCGAAGAGAGCUGGAAAAGAGGCAGCUAGCAGAAGAAGAGCGCCGCGUAGAAGCCGCAGCCGCAGAGUACAAGCAACGGAUGGCAUCCCAAGGAAAGGCAAAGCCCGGUCCUUCCAAGGCCUCGAGCAUCCAAAGCCGUGUUAAGAACCUGCUCGACGAGAGUAGCAAGCCCGCCUCUACCAGUCGCACAGCCGAAGGCUACGGCAAAUACACCGACACAAGCAAGCCGUUGCCCAUGCGACCCCAAGACCAGAGCGCCAGCGCUGCACGCACACAGCCUCCCCUGAUUGCACGCAAACCAGUAAACGUUCCCUCUCAACCGCAACAAGACAUGGCCUACACCAAGCCAUCUUCGUCAUCCAUCCGCCCCAACAUGCCGCCCCCAGUCCCCUCGGCCUCUGCCCCACCCGCAAUCGCCAACAUGCGCAACCCCUCUGGUCCGCCUCCCCGCGCCCCAAAGCCAAAAGCCCUCCAAACAGGCACUCCUUCUCCUACCCCUCCCCCGCAAGGCUCUUCUCCUGUAAAAUCAUCCUUUACCAGAGAUAACCAGUCUAUGCCUCCUCAAGCGAACCCUGCAGAGGACUUUGACGUCGACACGUUUAGUAAGCGGUACCCUAGUCUGAGCGGCCUGGAAAUGGUCGAGACGGAGAUUCCCAGGCAGAGAGUUCGGGAUGUUUAA